UUCCCCUCCCCUCCCCCUCCAGGUGUCUCAAUUCUAAGGCCCGCCUUUUGGGGUGUGUGUGCACGUGAUCGGGAUUAUAAUUCGAGUUUGGAGGGGGAUGGGUUGGGAUGGUCAGCCUCUCCCCUCCGGAUACCUGCUGGAAUCGGGAAAGCAGUCACCCCUCUCACCCUCACAUUCCCUGGAGGUGGAGAGAGAGGCGCCCCACUGGCCUGGAGCCCGGCAGGCCUGGAUACAGUUGGGCGAAUGAGGUGACCAUGGCCUUGCUGGGGAAGCACUGUGACAUCCCCACCAACGGCUGCGGCUCUGAGCGCUGGAACUCUACCUUCGCCCACAAGGACGAGCUCAUCAACAGCCUGGUGUCCGCCUUAGACUCCAUGUGCUCUGCGCUUUCCAAGCUGAACACGGAGGUGGCCUGCGUGGCGGUGCACAAUGAGAGCGUCUUCGUGAUGGGCACUGAAAAGGGAAGGGUGUUCCUGAACGCGCGGAAGGAGCUGCAGUCAGACUUCCUCAGGUUCUGCCGGGGACCCCUAUGGAAGGAUCCAGAAGCAGGACACCCUAAAAAAGUGCAGCGCUGCGAAGGUGGUGGCCGGAGCAUCCCACGGUCCUCGCUGGAGCAGUGCUCGGAUGUGUACCUGCUGCAGAAGAUGGUAGAGGAAGUGUUUGAUGUUCUUUAUAGUGAGGCUAUGGGCAGGGCCAGUGUUGUACCUUUGCCCUAUGAGAGGCUGCUCAGGGAGCCGGGGCUACUGGCGGUGCAGGGCUUGCCUGAGGGCCUGGCCUUCCGGAGGCCAGCAGAGUAUGACCCCAAGGCACUCAUGGCCAUCUUGGAGCACAGCCACAGAAUACGAUUUAAGCUCAGGAGGCCUCCCGAUGACGGUGGGCGGGACUCAAAGCCGCUGGUGGAGAUGAACGGUAUCUCUCUGCUACCCAAGGGGUCCCGAGACUGCGGUCUGCAUGGCCAGGUCUCCAAGGUCAUCAUCCCCCAGGACCUGCCCCCCACCUCCACCCCGUCCUCUAUGGCCAACUUCCUGUACAGCACUUCGAUGCCCAACCACACCAUCAGGGAAUUCAAGCAGGAGGCGCCCACCUGCCCGAUGACCCCCGGCGACAUGGGCUUGGGCUGGCCUGUGCCUGAGCCCCAGGUCCCCAGUGCCCAGGAUUUCUCCGACUGCUGUGGACAGAAGCCCGCAGGGCCUGCUGGGCCUCUCAUCCAGAAUGUCCAUGCAUCCAAACGCAUUCUGUUUUCCAUCGUCCAUGACAAGUCAGAGAAGUGGGACGCCUUCAUCAAGGAGAUGGAGGACAUCAACACACUGCGAGAGUGCGUGCAGAUCCUGUUUAACAGUAGAUACGCGGAAGCCCUGGGCCUGGACCACAUGGUCCCUGUCCCCUAUAGGAAGAUUGCCUGUGACCCUGAGGCUGUGGAAAUUGUUGGCAUCCCAGACAAGAUCCCCUUCAAGCGGCCCUGUACUUAUGGGGUGCCGAAGCUGAAGCGGAUUCUGGAGGAGCGACAUAGCAUUCACUUCAUAAUCAAGAGGAUGUUUGAUGAGCGAAUUUUCACAGGGAACAAAUUUACCAAAGACCCCAUGAAAAUGGAGCCAGCCAGCCCACCAGAAGACACUUCCACGGAGGUCUGUAGGGACACCAUGCUGGAUCUGGCUGGGACUGCUUGGUCAGACAAGAGCAGCGUCUCUGAAGACUGUGGGCCAGGAACCUCAGGAGAGCUAGGAAUGUUGAGGCCCAUCAAAAUUGAGCCAGAGGAGCUGGACAUUAUUCAGGUCACUGUUUCAGAUCCUUCUCCAACCUCUGAGGAGAUGACAGACUCGCUACCUGGCCAUCUGCCCUCAGAGGAUUCCGGUUAUGGGAUGGAAAUGCCGGCUGACAAAGGCCCUAGUGAGGACCCGUGGCCAGAAGAGAGGCCGGUGGCAGAAGAGAGCCCUGGUGACGUGAUCCGGCCCCUGCGGAAGCAGGUGGAGCUGCUGUUCAACACAAAAUAUGCCAAAGCCAUUGGUACCUCAGAACCAGUCAAGGUGCCCUACUCCAAGUUUCUGAUGCACCCUGAGGAGCUCUUCGUACUGGGACUGCCCGAAGGCAUCUCUCUCCGAAGACCCAACUGCUUCGGGAUUGCCAAACUGCGGAAGAUUCUGGAAGCUAGCAACAGCAUCCAGUUUGUCAUCAAGAGACCUGAACUGCUCACUGACGGUGUCAAAGAACCUGUUAUGGACACCCAAGAGAGGGACUCCUGGGACCGUCUGGUAGACGAGACGCCGAAGAGACAGGGCCUUCAAGAAAAUUACGAUACCAGACUCUCGCGGAUCGACAUCGCCAACACACUUAGGGAACAAGUCCAGGACCUGUUUAACAAGAAAUAUGGUGAAGCUUUGGGCAUCAAAUACCCGGUGCAGGUACCCUACAAGCGAAUCAAAAGCAAUCCAGGGUCGGUAAUCAUAGAGGGCCUGCCUCCAGGGAUCCCAUUCCGCAAACCCUGCACCUUCGGCUCCCAGAACCUGGAAAGGAUCCUCUCUGUGGCUGACAAGAUUAAGUUCACGGUCACCAGGCCAUUCCAAGGACUCAUCCCAAAGCCUGAUGAGGAUGAUGCCAACAGGCUCGGGGAGAAGGUGAUCCUCCGAGAGCAAGUGAAGGAGCUCUUCAACGAAAAAUACGGCGAGGCCCUGGGACUGAAUCGGCCUGUGUUGGUCCCUUACAAACUGAUCCGGGACAGCCCGGAUGCCGUGGAGGUGAAAGGCCUCCCAGAUGACAUCCCCUUCCGGAACCCCAACACCUAUGACAUCCACCGGCUGGAGAAGAUCCUGAAGGCCAGGGAACACGUGCGGAUGGUUAUUAUCAACCGGCUUCAACCUUUUUCAGAAGUCUGCAAUGAUGCCAAGGUGCCAGGGAGUUCAGGAGGCCGACACAGGACGGCCCCCGCUAUCCGGCCUCAGCAACUGUUUCUUCCACCAGCCAAAGACAACAUUCCCAAGCGCAAGAGAAAGCGGGUCUCUGAAGGCAACUCCGUCUCCUCUUCCUCCUCCUCCUCUUCAUCCUCAUCCUCUAACCCAGAGUCUGUGACAUCCACCAACCAGAUCUCCCUCGUGCAGUGGCCAGUGUACAUGGUGGACUAUUCGGGAUUAAACGUGCAGCUUCCAGGCCCCCUUGAUUAUUAGACCUCAGAGCCGAAUCAGGACCUCAACUCAGAAAGACUUAAAGGAAAUGUAAUUUAUGUACAAAGUAUAUUCGGAUAUGUAUCGAUGCCUUUUAGUUUUUCCAAUGAUUUUUACACUAUAUUCCUGCCACCAAGGCCUUUUUAAAUAAGUAAAAGAAAAAAAG